AUGAACAAAUACAUUUUACUUUUUACUGUGCUGUGCUUGUCGCUGACAGUAGAGUCAAGAAGGCUUGGCAGUAACUUCGGAGGCUUAAGCGAAACUCCCGAAGUGGCAGCUGCCACCCAAGCCCACCUAGAAGCCCACAAUAGAGCAAGACAAGAAGCUUUAACCAGGCCUAGAGCCCCACAAUACGAAGAAGGUGAAGAGUUCUUCUUCCCGUCACAAACUCACGCACCAGUGGUACCAGUACAGUCCAGGAACAACUUUGUCAAAAAAGUUCCUGAAAACCCUGACUUUCUUCACAGCACAAGCAGCCUUGACGAGCCUUGCCAUGGCCCACUUUGCAACCUGAAGUACCAAGAAAUAGGGUCUUACGUGGUCACUGAAGGUCCACACCACAGAAGUCAGCAACAUAACCAAGUUGAUUCCGGUUUCUAUAGGACUAAUGUGAAUGAUUUGUCCGAGUACAGAAGGCAAAUUCCUGGUCGGGAUUAUAGCCAGACUUUAAUCCAGGCAGCUAAGGCUUACUCUGAUAUUAUUAAUGGAAGAAAUUAG